AUGCUUCCUCGACGGACAUCCGGGAAGUUGAUUCCCAGAAGCUUGAGAAGCUGGGAGGAUACGGAGAAGAUCCGUCAGCAGCAUCGAGCGUCGCCAUCCUGCUGGAGAGCUUGCGGGAGUUGGUUUGAGUCUGUUUCUGAACCCUCGGUGAAGUACAGACAGUUGGUCCAAUGCGGGAAUAGGCUGCGACCGUUUGAUCCCAGGUUCGAGGGCGACGAGCGCUACCUUUGUGGUUGCUCUCUCGGGUCUGAAUCCCUGCCCGUGCACAAGAGCAUGCUCUCUCGGGUCUGAAUCCCUGCCCUUGCACAAAAAUAGAACCCUAAUCGUUUGUGUUUACCACUAGCAAAGUGAGUCUGCUGGUGGAUAAUUUAUAUUUUUAUUUUAUUUCAGUAACUCUUUUUGUGAUUUGAAGUUUUCUUGUCUGGGUGAACUUUGUUAAGAUCAUUUGAAUCUAUUUAUUUUAAAUAUUAAUCAAUCUUAGUAUGAAUUCAACCGAAAUCUAUUUCCCAUUUGACUGCUAGCACAGAGAUCCCAUCCCAAUGGCAAUUGUAUUCUCUCUCUUGUCCUAUUUUUUCUGAUUUAUGUUGUAUUUUUCGUCAUUAUGUUUUCAAUUUCUUACAUCAUUUUAGUUGAAAAAUUCUGCAAAAGUCUCGAGUGGUCAAUCAAUGCUGAACAUCAGCACACAUCAAAUCUGGAAGAUUUCAAGCUCAACAACAUUGGAGGACAUUGAAGGAAGACAAAAUGAGGAGAAGAUUAAUAAUUAUUAUUUGUAUGUUUGAAAAAUAUGUGGGUCAAAAAAAAUGAAAAUGAGAUUGACCAUCAACUCUAUGGAUGACAUGAUUUUCACCAACUUUAACUUUAAUGAAAAUCCUUAGAAACCUAGGUAAUAUUGUGUGGUAUGAACUUUUAUUUAAGAUUUGACUUAAACACCCAAGUGAGGUGAGCAUUGUGAUCAAUUUUCUCUCACAUAGGUCUAGGAAUGUAAAAGAAAAUUUUGAGGUAAAAUUUGAAGGGAUUUGAGCCAGGUAAUACAUGCUUAGUACUAUCAACAUGACAUGACUUUGGUUAUUAUUUAUGUGGAUGAUGUUAGGCCACUAGAAGGCUAGGUAGAUAAACCAAGAGGGGAGGGGGAUGAAUUGAUUUGUUUUAUGUUCCUUUAUUUGGCUCUUGGUUUCUAGUGUUCUUGAGUUAAAACUAGUGCACCACAAUUUUAUAGUAGUUUGGUCCUCUUGACUUAGUCCACUUUGUAAGGGCCAGUUUUUAAUGGUUUACAUAUUGAUUUAGAGACUCAGCCACCUACUAGGUUUCACAGCUCCAAUUGAAUCAAGAUUUUCCUUGAAAACUCUUUGAGGUUUAGAACUCUAGAGGGCCAAGAAAAAAAUAAAUUUCUUACUUGUUCCUUCAAGAUUACUAGCUUUAGACAGUCACACAAUAAGACCUGAAAAUAUUUACAAUAAUGCAACAAUGUUACUGAGCUGGGCAUUCAACUCCUUGCUUCUCAAAGGCUUUUGAUCUUUUGAUUUUGUUUUUGGAUAAAACCUUGAUGGUUGAGCAGUGUCUGGUUAAGAUGUCUCCACUAACUAAUCUGAUGAAGUAUAUAUAUAUAUAUAUAUAUAUAUCUGUCAUUUUUUAGAUAUAUUAUUAUUUAAUUUAUUUUUAUUUGGCAAAAAAUGUUCUAAGAAUCAUGGAGAUUCUUAUCCAUCGUUUGUGAGCAUGCCAUGUUGAUCAUUCUAGGAGUUUGCUACAUGCACACGGGAUGCACUACUCUUGUGUCGGUGUAUUUUUGUAUAUAUGAAGAUUAUUUUCGUGCAAGCUACUGCAGGAGAAGUAGAGAGAGGUCCUCAUGAUGCGGUUAAUAAUGAGAAAUCAAAUAAAUGAUAUAGAAACCACAAACACUAACAUAAAUAGAAGGAGAAACAUAAAUCAAGGUUAAAUUCAUCCACAAUUAGGAAAGUGGGGCUAGGACCAGGCGAUUUAGGCAAAGGGUGCUCAUAUUUAACAAUGCAGAUCAGCUUAUCAUGAGAAAAGAUCACACAAUGUGAAUAAUUGGUGGCUAUCCUAUAAGGUCACUUAAUGGUGACGAUGACAAGAAGAAUAUAUUAAAAGAGUGGGGAAUACUAAGCAUAAGAAUUGAGUGAACUAGUCGAGAAAAAAAGUCACUAGAGAGACUCAGGUCAAAGAGGGUCGUUAGUUGACUGUUGACCAGAGUGGAGUCAUUGAUCGAUGGGAUGUUGACCAUUGAGUGUCAUAUAGUUAACCAUUGACCAUGUAGAGGCCGUUGGACGCUGGACAAUUGGAGGGCUGGCUGUUGGUCGGCUAUAGCUCCGAAACGUUAGAGCUGCCUGGUGGGUACGAAUCUGACCAGAAGUGACCCAAUGGAUGGUGACAGGAGGAACCCGAUAUUGGACUGUGGCUAGGUGGCGACCCAACAGUGAUUGAGUCUCGGUAGUAGGCCUGUGGAAAGGCAGCGCAACAAUGGCUUGCUGGCUUUUAAGCCCUA